GUUUAUUUCUUCGGAGAUCAGCCAUCCAGAAAGCUGAUUUAACGAAAUAUUGGUAUUGUUCAUGCGAAUGUUUUGCUUAAAGGAUGAGUAUUCGGUGGGAAGACCACGAAUAACAGCAUUCACCACAUCACGUUCAGGGAUCUCUUCUUUCAAGGCAUCGAGAUCCGAGAGAAUAGUUGCCACAUCAUCAAGGUAUUGUGUCAUAGUUUUGGUACCUUUACGAAGAGUGUGGAGUUUGUCCCGAAGCUGAUAAACAUGAGCGGUGGACACGGAGUUGUACCGAGGAUUUUCAAGACCAAGAAGAUUGAGAUGUCAGACUGCGGAUAGCCUCUGCCAUUGCGGCUCUUUGGGAAUAUGAACUUAUUUGUCUUUAACAUCUCACACCGUCCUACGUAAUGAUGAUGUGAAUAUGAACUGCCAAUUGAAGGUCUCAAAGGCAUUUUGUCAAAAGACAGGAGUUACGACAUUAAACCAAAACUAAAAGGGCAUUACAAGCAGAUGUACGAACAUUAAAAUACAUGAAAAGCAUGGAGAUAAAGCUUACGAGAGGCCAUUAAUAAGCUAUAGCGUCAAACAUUCGUUAAGAAGAAAUUGAUUUAGUUAUUUUAAUUUGGAUGGUUUAAUUUAGCCUGAAGUGCUUUUUAGUAAUUUGUUUACAAGUACUACACAUUUUGUAUUCUUUGAAUGAAUCUAUUCGUCAACGCCAAUCACUGCCGCUUGCCUUCGGGAGUUCAGGAGCAAAUUGAUGAUCAACUCAGUAGGGCACUCCAGCAACUGCACCAUACCGUCCAACAGGUGCAGCUUGAUUUGGGAACCUUACGUGGAGAAACCUUGGCCGACAAGCCCCUGCGCGAUGCUCGGCAGCCUCAUGAUCAUGGUCAGGUGAAUCCAAUGACGAAACUCAAACUCGAUAUGCCAAAGUGUGAUGGUACCGACCCCUUGGGUUGGUUAUUUAAGGCGCACGAGUACUUUGUUUUCUACGCCGUACCCGAGGAGAACCGUUUAUCGUCCGUAUGUUUGAUGUUAGAAGGGCCGGCUUUGGACUGGUUUCGUUGGCGCCAACGCAAUCACCUGUUGGAUUCUUGGGCGGAUUUUGUUACCAAAUUUAAAAUCCGCUUCGACCCUUUAAAUUAUGUCGACUAUCUCGGCCUCUUGUCCAAAGUGCAGCAGUCCGGAACGGUCCUCGACUACCAGCAGGCCUUUGAAAAAAUUUUGGUGCAUGUCACUGGUGUGGAUGAAUCUAAUCUCCAGUCCCUCUUCCAUGCGGGGUUGAAGCCGCACUUACAACACGAGAUUCUGUUGCAGAAGCCCGCCUCUCUUUCGAUGUCCUUUGACCUGGCGCGAGAGUUGGAGGCGAAGCAUGUAGCUUGGGCUACCUCGUUGCAGUCACGGGUUCCACACCGUCAGGGAGCAUGGACUCCGCCGAAAGCUCCGUCUACUCCUUCGGCCACGCCACUGCUGCCCACGCCAACCGGCAUCAUCGACAACAAACACCACCCAACCCACCCUAUCCGCCGGCUAACUUAUGCUGAAAAAAAGGAACGCGAUGCCAAGGGCUUGUGCUAUAAUUGUGACGAGAAGUGGGUUAAGGGGCAUCGCUGCGGCCACUUCCUUUUACUAUUGGAGGAUGACGAGGGGGACGAGACUUCCCCACCAGAGGAUCUUGAUUCUAACGUCGUUACAGCUGACGUCUCGAGUCUACACAGUCUGGUAGGACCACUCACCCCGUGCUCCCUACGCCUAUCUGGAGUGAUUUCCGAAGGGGUUGUGGACGUUCUUAUUGACGGAGGCAGCACCCACAAUUUCGUCCAGCCCACUGUGGCAGAACGCCUAUGCUUGCCUGUCUCGGAUGUACCGGCCUUCCGCGUAUAUGUUGGCAACGGGGCGUCCCUCCUUUGCGAUCGUCAGUGCUGUAAUGUUUCUCUUCUUUUGCAGGGCACAACCAUCACGAUCGAACUUUAUGUGCUUCCUAUUCAUGGGCCCGAUAUCGUGCUCGACGUACAAUGACUUCAAUUAUUGGGUAAAGUCACCCACGACUAUGCUCACCUUACGAUGGAGUUUUCAUGGAAGGGAUCCCGGGUAACCUUGAAGGGCGGUACACCCACGCCCCGCCCAAUUUCCUUACACCAUUUUCAGCUCCUGCAGGCACAUCAGGAG